GAACUUUACCCAACAAAGUAUUAUGAGCGCAUUCACAAAUACAAUGAACCAGAUUUUUGUCCGCUGUAUUUAAAAUUGAUUUACGAUAUUCAGGUGUUGUUUUAUGUAAGAAUUUUAAAAGAUCAGCGUUUCUUGCUAACGUUCGCGACAUCUCAAAUACAACUGAGAAAUGAAUAACACGUUUUUUAAAUUUAUACUUUUUUCAUACGUCUCUUAGGUAUAUAUGCAAAAGUAGGUGAUUCAUCGGGUAAAAUGUUUGUACGAAUACGAUAAUCAUCGGACGUAUCCUGUUUUAAAUCGAUUAACAAAUAUCCAUGCGGUUUCAUAGUCGCAUCCUUAUAAGCUUCUUGAAGAAAUUUUGUAUUUUCUGGAAAAAUCUGUCGGGCUAAAAAAUUGACUUGAGCCUUGUCACGGGGGUUUUUGAAAUAUAUAAUGUAGUUUGCAUUCAGUGAAAUGUCUCUCUGUCCUUUGCCUUGGUGGAACAGAUUUUGCGUAAUAUAAAAAACACUAAGAUUUCGAUGAUGGCUACCUUUUGUAAAUAUAUCCACAACACCACCAUUUGUUUCACGCAUUAAAUCAUCCAAAAUUAUUAACGUCGGCUUUAAACCAUCAAAUUCAGUCAUAUCAGGCAUACCUUGACGAUACUCGAUUCUUAAAUUACUAACAAUAUCAUUUUUUUCAUAUAACGGUUGCCAUUCAUCAUAAUACUAUAUCACACGAUCAAAACUUGUAUCACACAUUGAUUUCAAAUGAUUUAAGAACUGCGUUAUAAAAUGUGUUUUUCCACAACCUGAAGGGCAGUGACAAUAGCCGUGAACGGUGCUUUAAAACUAAAAAUGUUUCCGUACUUCAAUGUUUAUAUACAUUACGUAUAUAUAGAAGGUCUUCACGGAUCAAUUUAAGUACAUUUAUUUAUAUUUUUUUUAUUUAAAUUUCGUACCGAUGUUUGAAAAGCAUCCCAAACGAUAUAGCGACAAAAGGAUUAUAGGAUUUGCAGCGACAAUUAGUAACCUAGACAGUCGUCUGUCUGGCUGUUUUGAUGAAAGAAAAGAUGAUUCACCGAACCAUUAGAAAUCUUUCUCUCAAAUUUCAUCCCCUACCAACAUCACCACCACCACCACCACUACCACCUUCAAACCCUUUUUUCCUCAUUUUCAAAGCUGACUUUCGGCGACACAAGUACCUAUACAUUUUUACGUGCCAAGUGUUAAAUUGUGUGACAAAUGUUUGGUAAGUUAAUAAAUAAAUACAAGUCUAUUUUCGCAAUAUGAAUUUAUUAUUAUUAGAUGGACAAUGUGUAAUCCUGUACUCCAGAGGGGAGUACCGUCUAACAUUUAGGCGGUUCACCACGUAUAGAGCGUUACAGGAGGAGAAUAUCCUCUGCAAGUGGUGCGCCAGGCUAGAAGAAAAAGUCUGGUACAAACAUAUGCACAUUUAUAAUGUAACACUCAAGUGUACGCGGUGUGAAACACCUAUAUUACCCCGGACACAUAUGGGGUGUCCUAGACGGAUACAUUUAGGGCGGGAAAAGGUACCCUAUAAUUCCCUUUUACGGAAAAUUGUGUUCCCGGAAUCGGACGAUGACCAGUCUGAAGAAGAAAGCGGCGUCGAGGAUGUAGAAUGAUUGUGUGGGCGAUUCUUAAAUAUAUGUUUAUUUUUAAUAACGUUUUUAUUGAACCUCUAAUAACAAGAUAAAGCUGAUGUGUCAUUAAUUUUCCGUUAAUUUGUAACUAAUUUUGAUAUAUUUUAAUUUUUUAUUGAAACCUAGGUGUAAUUCCCCGCUUAGCGACACAUUCAAAUUUACCGCUAAAAAAAAAGUGAUUUCGAAAUUGAACACUAGAUGGCGCAGAGAUCUGUCACAUUUAAAUUUCCCGCUGAAAAACUUAAACACCAGAGGGCGCCGAGAUCUGUCACAUUUAAAUUUCCCGCUAAAAUGUUUGAACACCAGAGGGCGCCAGAAAAAGUUGAUGAUCCAAUUAAUUCGUCAUUAAUUAAUUAUCGAAGGUCAAUUAAAAGAGAAAGUUUGAUAUCAAAUUUCAAUUAAAUUAAUCGGUCGUUAUCAAUUUAAUUGUCAUUAAUUAUCAAUUAAUAUGUCAUUAAUUAGUCAUUAAUUCACUAAUUAAUUUUUAAAUGGGUCCCCCUUUCUACUUUUGGAGUUCACCAUUUCCGGUUCCGAUGUGGUUGGCUUGGGCGUCGCUGGUAUCGGUGAGGUCAAUUCCGCCGGAGGCGGAAUUCUGAUGAGCGGAACUCUUUUUGGUUUUCGGAUUUUCGUCCGAUCCCCGAUGGCAUCAAAAGUGCGCUUUGUAGGCACAGUUUUGUGAGGGAGUUUUGGCCUGGACCUCACUUUGAAAAUGGUUUGGUUCGUUUUGAGAAAAACGCUUUUUCACGCAAGGUGGAGCGCACAACUAGCACAAGUACAAGUCGCAAAGGGUUGUCGCUAAUCUGAACAGUGAAAUUGGCAUGGUUGGACGUAUUACGGUAAAUAAUGUCCGACUCAGAAACGACCCCCAGCGAUUGUAACAGCCCCCAAAUUCAAGAACUGAACAACUUGCGGCACCUCCUCAAAUUACAACGCGACAGGUACACCCAUCUCCAAAUACUAUACCAAGCUGUGGCCGAUUUUAUAUCCACUGCUGGUGCCUUGAACCCUGAACUUGCAACCAAAGUGGAAAAUAUUUUACAUGAGCAAAGUUGCCAGCAAGUUGAUGUGUUAGACAAUGAAUACACACAGUUACUAGGAUUACGAUCUUCAGGAAACAGUGAGUUAAGCUUUAACGAAGGUCGCACUCUCAGAAAAGAAAUAGGGCUCAUUUUGGAGCACAAAUACAAGAAAGUUUGUGACGAGUUUUUGAAAGCAACUUCGCAGAAUGUGAACUCAGUGGAUGGUCGUGACGGUUGUGAUUUCAGUGUCAGGCCUGAAGAUAACACGUUGGUGGUGUUGAAGAAAAAACUGGAGGAGCAACAGCAAAAGUAUUUAGAAAAUGAAUUAACUAAAGAGAAGAUUUUGGAAGAUAUUGCUAAACUACGACUGGAAAAAUUACCAAAAGUGUGUGAUGAAAAAAUAAAAGAAUGUCAAAUAAGGGCCCAAGUGGGCGAACUAAGAACGAAACUUGCGUGCGAGACUUCCAGAAUUGACGUAUUUAUGGAGAGAAGCAACUCGUUGAAAGCCUACAAGGAGCUGCUAAAGGAUAUAAAGGAGCAACAACUUGAAUGUGAGAGCGAGAUUAAACACUUGCAAAAGAUGAGGGAGAAGUACAAACAAGUGGCCUGCAAGCAGUUUGAUCAGAUUUUGAAGUCCUACGUGGAAUACAAAGCCGCGCUUUCAAGAAAGGCCCUCAACCCCAGUAUCAUCCUAAAGUCCGACACGCCAAUGUCGUAACCGAUCAGAGGAAAAUCCGAGGUCCUCAAAGUUUCUGUUAUUUCGUAUCCGAAGGGUUCCCCUACAGUCGAUUAGAGGAGGACUCCCUUCAUCAAAUGGUGUGACCUUCGGGAACCUCGUAAACGGCCAAGGACUGGACGCAGAUAAGUCCCAGAUAUCAGUUCUUCGCGAUUUUCAAUCUUUUCGUUAUAAUAUAUUAUUCGAAUUUCCUUUCUUAAAAAAAAAAUUAUUUCAAUUUUCAAAUUUUCCUUUUUAAAUUUCAAUUUUUAUGCAACUAUUAAUAAUUUUUUAUAACUUAUAAUUUCAAUUAAUGUGAGCGAGCGAAUUGGCCAAUUCUAACGUAAAGAUUCGUGUCAGUAGUUGAUUUAACCAUCAGGUCACAAGAGUAACUUUUAAUAUACGGAAUUUUAAUUGAUUAUUCAAUAGUUUUCUUAUCUCCUUCUCAGUUGGGAGCUUCGUUAUCGAUAACUGAGUGGCGCCCUUAAAAGGCUAGGUUAAAAGGAAUCUUGAACUCGCUCUCGGGGUGUCGAUCAUAAAACUGUCGGCCCGACCGGCUUAGGGUGCUUCAAAUUCUGUGGUUAAGCUGAUGUCACAACAAAGAAUGUAUUUGUGAUUUACAACAUUACCUACAUUGGUCUUACUUGAUAUUUGUAUGCCCAAAGAAGAUGUUCCCAAUUUGAACAGUUUUAUUUUAAAUUUGAAGUGUUUAUUUAAUGAAAAAGAAAAAACGUUCUAAAAUACUGGUAAAUCACGAUAAAAAGAAACUAAUUCAAGGCGUUCUCUGGAUUGUCAAUUUUUCGGAUUACUCAAUUAGUUUAAUAAAUAUAAUUUUAAUUUAAGAUUCGAUUAACAUAUAGUCGAAUUAAAAGAUUUGACUGUAGUUAGGAACGUAGGUGUUAUGCAAUGAAACAUGCGUAAAAAAAGAUUCAUAUAUUUUCAAAAAAAAAUCUAAAUACUUUUUUAACUAACAGAAAUUUCUAUAUUUCUAUCUUCCAUUGCCUUUGGAUCUAGCCAUUUUAUAAAAUGUCACUAAGCACAAACUCCACACAAUAGCACAGCGAACUGUUAAACAGUAAUUAAAAAUUACCAUAGUUUUGCACUUCUUAUAUUAGCAGAUGCUUCCUCCUACCACUUUAGGGAGAUUACAUUACAAUGUAGGGGGUUGGUGUUUUCUCUUUUGAAUAGCAAUAACUAUACUUUCCCAAGAAUGUAAAUUUUAUAAAAACGAAUAACAUAUAAUAACGAAUAACACUCUUAAAUACCUAUGGUCACUGGUAGAGUAGACAAUUAACAAAAAAAUCUUUAGGUCAAAGAACUCAAUUAUGCAAUUGCCAUUCAUCUUUUUUUACUUAAUUUUAAUUUUAUUUUUUAAUUACUAAAAAGUGUACUGUCAACAACAACAAGCAGAAAUGUCAGUUGUUAUUUACAAAAAUAAAAAAUUACGUUAUAAUUCAAAAACCAAUUACGUCAUUAAUGUUGCUAUACUGUCAUAAUCAUAAUAUAUAUAGCAUGCACACAACUGAGUCCUUUGAAAACUAAAACAUUCCUUUUCAGCAUAUUAUUUGUUAUAUUUAAAAAAAACAAAGUGUAAAUUAGGUUUUUAUUAAGAAUAACAGUGUACACUGGCGAGCACUUUUGACAUUUUACUGACAUAAUCGUGGGCAAUACUACUCUAACCUUUUUGACAAUGAAAUGACAAAUGUGUCCAAAAUUUUUUGCUCGCUAUUGUAGGUGUCAUUUUUUGACGAAACAAAGUCGUGCGAAUUUUUUUAAUUCUAUAAUUAUUAUCAUUAUUAUCAAUUUUUACAUUAAUUUGUACAGAACACAAUAGCUCCAAAGCGUUAUAGUUUAGGAAAUAGUCACGCAAUACGAAUUUACUGUUUUAAAUUAAAGUUAGUAAACAAAGCCUAAAGUUAGUUAGGGUUUUGUUAGGUGCUUCUAGAAGUGACUUUUGAUUUUUGAAAAAGAAAAACCAAAACCAAUUCAAUUUACGUUAACAAUUUCUGGGUAAUAGAAAAUUAGCCUGGUGUGUGUUCACAAAUAAAGUGCUUUCUAAAUACCAGCCUUAGAUAAAGAAAUUAUUAGAUAAACAAGUUACCUAUUAUAAUACCAAUUAUAAAUAACGUGAAACCCUUAAAUUAUUAUUAAGCGGAUAAUCCCUUUUCUGGUUACAUGGUUUAACUUUCUCUGGGUUGGUUCUUAAUCUCGACCAAAUUCCUUUUUCAACGGAAACAAAAGUCAUUAUUGUUUCGAUGAAUAAGACUAACAAGAAAGUGAGAUGUGACAAAUCUAAUCAUUUUUAGCAGGUACCUACUUUUGGGUCUGUUACUCAGACCUAGACCCUCCGGUCCCAUUGUAAAUCUUUCUGCGGAUUUGUCUAGUCAACUGCUAUAAAUCAUCGCCCAAGGAAUUUUGUGCUUCCAAUGAAUUAAAAUUUUCGCAAUAUUAAGCUUAUUUUUAAUAACAGAAAAAAAUUAAAAAUACCAAGGUGUUUAAAAUAACAAUCUCUAUCGCUUGGCCGGAGAGUUUUUUCAUUUUGAAGUCUUGGUGUCUUAAUACGUGUAUUAUUUCGAAAUCGUGUUUAUUUAAAUAGCCAUAAUUUAUUGAGCACUAGAUUUUUUAAAAUUUUCUAAUGGCCAUUUUGUAAAUAUCAUUUCUAAGAUACAUUGAGUUUUGAAACGAUGUUGAUAUCUUUUCAAAUAACUUAAUUACAGCCACAAUUCUUUUACAUUGAAAACGCCAUAAGACGAAUACGUUUAACCUAGCCUUAAGGCUCUAGACCCUCUGGGAGCUGGCGCAUACGUUUUACGUGUAAACUGUUUUUAGCCGCAAAUUUAGACUUGAAGAGUUUCUUGACAUUUGCAGUGUUUCUUUAUAAGUAAAUGUAAGUCGAAGAGUCAUUUUUGAUUGAAAUAAAUGCCUAGAUAUUUUUUUAUUAAAUAAAAUGUCUGUUUAUGAAGUUGAUACGAAUUUUUGAUAACGGUGCAUUGUAUUGAGAAUUUAAAAAAAACAUUUUAUAGGAAAUUUAAAAAUACAGACCUGAGAUAUUUUAGAUUUUUGUUAACUGUUCUUAAUUGUUAGAUAUAAUGCAAAAAUUAAAUUGUAAGUAGGCAACUUUUAAUGCAUCCUUCUUCGAAUGCGUAGCUAGCUGGAAGAAGAUUUAUGACGGGUUUAGGACGCACCGCUGGAGGUAACCACCAUUGGGGUGACCCACAAGAUAAUAAUUUUAUUGCAUUUGUUCAAGACAGAGAAAUGUAUCGGCACAAAUAGGAAUUUUAGCGAUUUCUCUAAUAGUGGUAUAAAAUGAAAGCACAUGAUUUCGGAAUUAACAUUUUUUAACAAAAUAAUUAGGUACCUAUAGAUUUGCAUUACGUUUUUUUUGUAGACACUGCUAUCAACGUAUCUUAUGAGAUUUUGAAAUACGAGUAAUCACGCUCGCUAUUUUUUUGAAUACUUUUAACAAUAAAAUUAUUCCUGUUUUAAAAAAAAUAUAAAAAAGAUGAUUAAAACUUUGGUUGUACUUAGCUUCGUUCUGCACAGGUUUUGUGAUAGAACUACUGAGCUCCCUCACCACGACAAGGUGUCAACCCACUGAGGAAGUUUUUUUUACUUUUAUUGUUCAUUCCGUUUUAGAACCCUUUCGUUGUUUUUUCCAAAAAUUACGCAUUAUUUGUUUUCGACUUUUUC